CCUGCCGUCGGCUGUGGUCUAUUCUGUCGCUUGGGGCUAGACGUGCCGUUUAUCAUGGGGGCUGGGAAUGACACGGACUUCCUCAACUCGGACUUCCCGAUGUACGCUGCUGGUGGGGUGACCCUCUUCAUCAUCUACCGCGCUUUCGUGACCAAGUCCCGCGGCGAGCCCCUCCAACCGGCGAACAUGUCUAAGGGGGUGUUUCCUGCGGCAUUCUUCACCUUCGUUGGAUCCCUGGCCUGCCACGAGAUGUUGCUCGACAUGAUGGGCUACCCCGGGGGACUGACGGCCUGGGCUCCUGCUGUGCUGGCAGUGGUGGCUUGCUCCUGGGUGGCCUACCGCGGGCAGCUGGCGGCAUCGGGAGGCGAGCUGGGCUUGUCUGUCAUCGCUCCGGUGGUGGCGCUUGCUGCUCUCACCAUUUCUUGGCUCGUCGCCGACGAGGUGGAACAGCCGCAGAACCUCACCAAGGCGCAGCUAAAGAAGGCCGCGAAAGAGGCUGCUAAGAAGGCUGCCGCGGGGAUAGAGGUAGGCGGCAAGAUGCUAUACCUGGAGAAGGGCAAGGACGUCGUCACCGAGCAAAUGCACGUGGCUCUCGGCGUACUCGUCGUCGUGGUGCUGGUUCUGGCACUGGUGAACGGACCGGGCGUCUGGCCUCGCAACCUGCAGCAGGGGUCCUUCCCCGCCUGCUUCAUGGUCGCGUCCGGGGUGCUGGCCUACAACUCCUUCUUGCGCCAAGCCCGAGAGUCUUACGGAGGCAGCUUGGACGACUUCUUCCCCGCCUUCGCUGCUGUCCUUGCGGCCACCCUCCUAGCCAGCAGGGGGUCCGCGAUGCAAGCAUCGGUGUAGUUUUUUUUUUCAGAGUAGACUAUAUAGACUUUGUGCUGUAUUUUUGUUUUUCGUCCAUGCAACAAAAGCCGGCUACGCAGGAGCCACGUCAUGUAAUUUACUUCUUUUUUGUGUUGAAGCGACGAAGAUUCCUGGAAAUAUUAUCCCUCUCAUGGGUAAAGAGUCCAGGGUUAGUCUGCUUAAUUCUUCGGUGGCGGCGGUGCUCGAUUGUCUAGCAAGGAACGAUCGAUGGCGAGUAUAUUUCCUCCAUCUGCUACAACUGCUAUGUUUUGGUUGUUUUUAUGGUCUGGGAAUUGGCGGUUUGCUGCGGAUUUUCUACAUGUUUUAUGCACAAGGGUCGCUGUAGGUUAGUUUGCCACGAAGCAUCGCGGGCUUGGUCUAGAGUUGUGAGCUGUUUUUUGAAGUCCUUGUCAUGACAGACCAAGAGGUUGCGGCUGAAGAGCGUGUUGCGAUGCAAACACCAGCCUACUCCGGACUUUUUUUUUUUCUGAAGAAAUGGCAAUGCUUUUCUGCCAAGAGGGGUGGUCUGGUUACCCUUAUCAAAUCUGAAUGCCCUAUCCUAUCCUCGUGUGUCCAGCCAAGGAAACGAACAGCAAGCAAAAUUUGCGAGGUCGUGUCUUCUUACCAUUUGAUGGGCGAGUCGUCCUUUUCUCGACCGUGCUGUCGACGAUAUGGUUAUGGGAACAAGCCCAGUCACCUCGUUUGAUCUUCGGUUCUGUUUGGUUGGUUCUCGGUGGUGGGCCGAACAGGCACACAACACAUUCUUGAGGCUCUAAGGUCUACGGAGUCCCAGGGCGGCAAUGAAACAAGAUACUACAAUAGCCUGGACGCAACAUCCAUGUCGUGUCUUGUGUGCUAUGCUAUGCGGGGGGGCACCAAGCGUAACUUACUUACACUGUUGUGGUACUGUGCAGUCGUGCUCGGAGUUUGACCGGGCAGCGCCGUGUUUCAACGUUUGACCAUGUGCCGCAGAAACGAAGGUUUUAGAAGCCGAAGUCAAUCGAACCAUUAGAAAGAGUAGGCAGCGCUGACAAGUC